UGCAGCGGAAGUGGGAGCCAGUGGACAGCUGUGCGUUGUGUUUCAGUGUUCGGUGGCUACUUGACGCUAGCUGUUAGCCACCGUGCUAAAACGGUGAGAAGCAUAGUGAGUGGGGAAAAUAUACAAACACGCGCACGCAUCGACAGCGACUUGAAGACUUUCGGUCAACUAUGGGCAAAGGCGGAGGUACAUUCGAGAGGCUGCUCGAUAAGGCCACCAGUCAGCUGCUGCUGGAGACCGACUGGGAAUCCAUCCUACAAAUCUGCGAUCUCAUUCGACAGGGAGACACUCAGGCCAAGUAUGCUAUUGGCGCUAUCAAGAAGAAGCUGACUGACAAAAAUCCACAUGUGGCCCUCUAUGCACUUGAGGUCCUGGAGUCAGUGGUUAAGAACUGUGGGCAGACUGUUCAUGAUGAAGUGGCGAGUAAACAAACCAUGGAGGAGCUGAAGGAUCUCAGCAAGAAACAGACGGAACCAAACGUCCGUAGCAAAAUCCUCUACUUGAUCCAAGCCUGGGCCCACGCUUUCCGCAACGAGCCCAAAUACAAAGUGGUGCAAGACACCUAUCAGAUCAUGAAAGUGGAAGGUCACGUGUUCCCUGAGUUUAAGGAGAGUGACGCCAUGUUCUCCGCAGAAAAAGCCCCGGACUGGGUGGACGCUGAGGAAUGCCACCGGUGCAGAGUCCAGUUUGGAGUGAUGACAAGGAAGCACCAUUGCCGAGCCUGUGGCCAGAUCUUCUGCGGCAAGUGUUCCUCCAAGUAUUCCACCAUCCCCAAGUUUGGGAUCGAGAAGGAGGUCCGUGUGUGUGAGCCCUGCUUUGAACAGCUUAACAACAGCCACCCUUCCUCUCCUUCGCUUAGAAAAGCCGAGAUCAAACCGGUGUCCGCCAACGCUGCAGAGCUGCCUCCCGAGUAUCUCACCAGCCCGCUCUCCCAGCAGUCGCAGAUGCCUCCCAAAAGGGACGAGGCGGCUCUGCAGGAGGAGGAGGAGUUGCAGCUGGCCAUCGCCCUCUCCCAAAGUGAAGCCGAGGAAAAAGAGCGAAUGAAGCAGAAGAACUCGUACCACCCCGCGUAUCCCAAGGCGGAGCCCACCCCGGUCACCUCCUCGGCGCCCCCGGUCGGCACCCUCUACACCGCCCCCGUGAAUUCCUCUGCUCCCACUGCUGAAGAAGUCGACCCUGAGCUGGCCCGUUACCUCAACAGAACGUACUGGGAGAAGAAGCAGGAGGAGGCCCGCAAGAGUCCCACACCUUCGGCGCCAGCUCCCGCGCCACUGGCUGAGCCGGCGCCGACUGCCGGCCACCCCAUCGAAGCUCACGCGCCCAUGCAGCCCGUCGGCAUCGUGGAGCAGCAGUACCAGAACGGGGAGUCGGAGGAGAACCACGAGCAGUUCGUGAAGGCCCUGCAGAAUGCCGUCACCACCUUCCUGAACCGCAUGAAGAGCAACCACAUGCGCGGGCGCAGCAUCACCAACGAUAGCGCCGUGCUGUCUCUAUUCCAGUCCAUCAACAACAUGCACCCACAGCUCCUGGACAUCCUCAACCAGCUGGACGAGAAGCGACUAUACUACGAGGGGCUUCAAGACAAGCUGGCUCAGGUGCGGGACGCCCGGGCGGCCCUCAAUGCGCUGAGGGAUGAGCACAUGGAGAAACUGCGCCGCGCUGCUGAGGAGGCCGAGAGGCAGAGGCAGAUGCAGCUGGCGCAAAAACUGGAGAUCAUGCGGCAGAAGAAGCAGGAGUACUUGGAGAUGCAGCGGCAGCUGGCCAUCCAGCGCCUGCAGGAGCAGGAGAAGGAGCGCCAGAUGCGUCUAGAGCAGCAGAAGCACACCAUCCAGAUGAGAGCUCAGAUGCCCGCUUUCUCUCUGCCCUACGCACAGAUGCAGUCUUUGCCCCCCAACGUAGCAGGCGGGGUGGUGUACCAGCCUGGAGCUCCGCCCAGCUACCCGGGCACCUUCAGUCCAGCUAACUCAGUGGAAGGCUCCCCUAUGCACAACCUCUACAUGAACCAGGCAGGCCAGGGCGCGCCGCCGCAGUACCAGGCCGUGCCAGCUGCUGCCUCAGAUCCCAAUUUGGUGAAUGCAUACAUGUACCAGCCCGCUGCCAGCAAUGGACAGCCGGCUCCUCCUAGUCAGGCUCCGCCGGCCGGGGCUGUGCCUUACUCUAACUACCAGGCAACACCCUCGCAAGGCUACCAGAAUGUGGCGUCACAGGCGCAAAGCUUGCCCCCCAUGUCCCAGGGUGCGCCUGCCAAUGGCAUGGGCUACAUGGGCUACCCGACCUACAGCAUGCAGAACAUGAUUUCAGCGCUUCCGGGGCAGGAACCCAACAUGGCCGUCCAACAGUCGUACAUGUCCGGCCAGCAGCCUCUGUACCAACAGGUGGCUCCUCCUAGUGGCCCUCAGCAGCAGCAACAGCAGCAGUCGCCAUUGCCGCCACAGCAGCAGCACGCCCAUCCCCAGGCAGUCCCUAGUAAUGCAGAGGCACAGCUCAUCUCUUUCGACUGAACGCUGCCGCUGUUCGUGAUGAGGCGACUCGCACACUACGACUCCACCCACCCCAAACACACACACACACACACCCUUCUCUCUGUCUCACUGUCACAUCCUAGUGAUGUGAAAUAUUGUGAUGAUCUCUAGUGUGGGAGUGAGGGAGCUAACUCGCAUCUCAUGACCUCUUCCUUGUAUUUCCUCCUUCAUAAAUAGUCUCUCAGUCGCGAAAUGAAAAAGAAAAUAACUACAGGGCAAAAAAUUGGCUCGGAUGCAAACAUGCAUGUUUGUGUUUGUAUUCCAUAUUGUAGCCUGUCUGAAUACUGAGUUUGUAAUACACUGAGAGGUGUUAAAACAAGCGCGUGUCUUUAAGGAGCGGCUCGGAAUGAACGGCACAAAGUCAAGAUCGCAAGCUUAACAUUCCGCACGUUGCGUCUUUCCUCUUCGUCCUUUUUGCCAUCUACUGAAACUAACAUUGAAUCUUCUGUUUUGGCAUUUCCUUGUCCUGAAUUGUUUGCAAUAUUCCAAACGAGUUGGGAGAAGGUUCACGGUUGAAGCGCUGAGGCUGAGCAAAACCGAUCCUAAAAUACACACACGUGACAGCCCUCCCACCGUACGUGCCCGCUAAGACGCCAGGACUUCCGGGACAAGUGGAAACGCUUUUGCUCCAUUGAUGGCCGCUCACCAAUCAGCUCCCCCUGUAACUUUGUGGUCCUAUUUAACUCCAUUGAAGCCAUCUGUCUGGCUUGCAAGUAAUUUUAAAUUUAUAUUUAAUAAAAAUCUUCUUACUGUC